UGCAAUAAACAUUCCCAUUGACACGGUCACACAUUGUCUGUCCGAAGAGCAGUGUCUCGACAGAAUGAAGUGUGCUACAAUGCCCUUCUCCAGCGGAUGCGCCACUCUUCUCUCUUUCUCUCUCUUUUCCUGGUCUUGCGCUAUGCCCUGAGGAAACGGUCGCACCGAGAUUGCGAACAAGCUAGAGAUGGGGACGGAAGGGUCACGGAAUUUGGAAUUCGUACACAAUGGCGAAUCAAGAAACUCAGCAGCGCCGUCCCCGUCAACAACGCCGGUCCAAGGAUCGACCGGUGGUCCCGGCUAGGGUUCCGUUGAGGCUGUUGCUGCGGGUAGCGUCGGUUGCCGGAGGCAUUCAGUUUGGGUGGGCAUUGCAGCUCUCUCUUCUGACGCCGUACGUGCAGCAGCUGGGGAUCCCGCACGUGUGGGCCAGCAUCAUAUGGUUGUGUGGGCCGCUCUCUGGGCUGCUGGUGCAGCCCCUGGUGGGCCACUUGAGCGACCGCUGCACCAGCCGGUUCGGCCGCCGGAGACCGUUUAUCUUGGGCGGAGCAUUGGCGAUCAUCAUUGCUGUUCUGAUCAUCGGUCACUCCGCGGACAUCGGGUGGUGGUUCGGCGACACGCCCAAACAUCGCCCCUGGGCUGUGGGCGUUUUCGUUUUCGGGUUUUGGAUUUUGGACGUGGCUAACAACGUCACUCAGGGCCCUUGUAGAGCCUUGCUUGGUGAUCUCACUGGUAUAUCUUUCUUCCCUAUGAAUUUCCAAUCGUUAAGGACCAAUUCAAAGCCCUAAAUUUGCACUUUCCUCCUUAAAUAUGAAUUACAUGUUCGUUUUUUAUUCUCGUAUUGUACUUUUUUUUCUUGAUUCUUCCACAAAGGCAUGCUAUCAUCAUAUAUUCAGUUUGGCUCCAACAUAUUUGUUGCUUAGAUUGGUUAUUAUUACUGUAACCUGCCAAGGAAAUACUUUAAAAACUACUAAAUUGAUGAGCUAACUAUUAGGUAAUGUUGAUGUCUCAAUUUUCAACAUAUUAGAUCGUGUGACAAAGUAGUGCAUGAAAAGUUGAUGUUCAAUUUGGAAAACUUAUGUGCGUUUGGUACAGAACUGCAGCUCCGUAAUUUUUAUUUGAUACACAAACUGAGGCCGUGUAGCUUGUCCAGGCUAUUCAAGGGUUUGCUUCUCUCCAAAUUGAUAGUUAGAGACAAAAUUGCCCCGACUGUCUUACAUUGGUUUCUGUCAAGGAAACUAUAAGUCACUUAUUAUUGUUUUGGAUAGAAAAGUCUCCCUAGGGUUAGAGUGGCUUUUUCUCAUGGUAUUCGAAUUGUCAGCAUGGGUUAUUUCCGAUGUAUAACUACAACGUGCUUUCCAUGCUUUAAUCAGGAAAGUAAAUACGGUUUUCUUAGAUGGGAACUGAAAUUAUUGAUUAUGCUGCAUUGCAUGUACUCGUGAUUUUGGUUUCUUAAUGUUCACUUUUUUCAGAGGCCAUUUUGGUUGAAGUCCUUGUGCUAUCUGUUUCUUUUUUCAAGACCCUGUGAUUCUGAAGAUCUUUAAAUAACUGGAUAAUUUGAAGAUUUAUG